AUGUUACCCACCACCACCACCACGACUACUAGUAUUACUACAAGCAACAACAACACCUAUAAAAAGUACACAUGUGGUUGCAUUCCUAAUCGAUUCACUAAACCCAUUCAAAGAUCUUUUUAUUCCUUUGCAACCUCCAAAUGGGGUGUCAUUCUAUUAAUUAUUGUGACCUUCAUUACUCUCAAUUCCAUUCUUCAUUUAUUACAAUCUUUAUUAGAUAUUUCAAUUAUGGAUAAAACAACAUUGGUUGAAGAUGAUGUUUCACAAAUGGGAAGUUAUUGUCAUCGGAUGUACAAAGAUAACAUUAUGAAAGUGAAUUCAAUUUCUAAAUUAUGUUAUGAACCAAUGGAUAUUGUUUAUACUUGGGUGAAUGGUUCUGAUCCAAUUCAUAAAGCAUUAUUGAAAGAAUAUACAGAACAACAAGAACAACAACAAUUAACAGAACAAGAUGAAAAUGAUGACAGCGAAACUACUACCAAGACGACUACAACGAGUCGUAUGAGUACUAGUAGUAGUAGUACUACUACUACUACAACUGGUGGUACUACAACAAGCACUACAACUGGUAAUGACAGCAGUUGCAAUGGAAGGGAAGAAGAAGAAAAAUUAAAUCAAGUCAUUGACAAGACUUCAAAAAAGAAGAAGACCAAUUCUCAUCAUCCUACUCUGAAGAAGAAGAAACUCGUUCACACAACUCGUGCUUCUACCACCACUGCAUCUCGUGCUUCUACCACCAAUGAUCAUACUAAUAGUAAUCAUAAUAUCAAUAAUAAUAAUAUCAAUAAUAAUAUCAAUAACGAUAAUCAUAAUAUCAAUAAUAAUAAUAUCAAUAAUAAUAAUAUCAAUAAUAAUAUCAAUAAUAAUAAUACGAAUCAUUCCAAUAAUAAUACUACUCAACAACAAGACAACACUGUCAGUGGUUCCAAUCGUUUUAGAGAUAAUGAUGAAUUGAAAUUCAGUUUAAGAAGUUUAGAAAGAUUUGCUCCAUGGGUUCGAAAUAUUUAUAUUGUCACCAAUGGUCAAGUACCCAAUUGGUUAAAUAUUAAGAAUCCAAAAAUCAAAAUUGUGAAACAUUCAGAUAUUUAUAGAGAUGUUUCACAUUUACCUGUAUUUAGUUCUCCAUCCAUAGAAUCUCAUAUUCAUAGAAUACCUGGUCUAUCUAAAAAGUUUAUCUAUUUAAAUGAUGAUGUCAUGUUUGGAAAUUUUGUCUAUCCUGAAGAUUUUUAUAGUCAUUCGACAGGACAAAAAGUAUUUCUCAGUUGGGAAGUUCCACCAUGUGCAAGUGGAUGUCAAGAAUCAUGGUUAGGAGAUGGUUAUUGUGAUUUGUCAUGUAAUGUCACUCAAUGUGAUUUUGAUGGUGGUGAUUGUAUUGGAAAUAAUGUGAGAAUGUCGUAUGGAUCUUCCUCAUAUGGUAAUUCCUGGAAUAACUGGAAUACUGGAACUUCCAAUGUUCCUUCUUGGAUGUCAGCAGGAUCUUCAUUGAAAUCUAAUUACAAUAAUUAUUGUUCUGCUUCAUGUCCUGAUUCAUGGAUUGGUGAUCGAUUUUGUGAUCGACCAUGUAAUGUUAAGGAAUGUGGUUUCGAUGCAGGUGAUUGUGAUUUUAAAGAAUUGAAAAGAGUUUUAUUGCAUCAAGAUGUGACUGAGGAUUUGAAUGUCAUUUAUGUGAGAUCGAACAUUUCUUCUAUUUAUUUGAAUUUAAAUCCAAUUUUCAUGAAUUCACAAAUUACAAAUGGAAAUCAUGAUAAUGAGAAAUUGGUGAGAAGUUCAACCAUUUCACAAAAAGAAAAAUUAUUAAUCUUUACAUUUAAUUAUCAAUUAUUGAAAGCAAAUAUCACACACUAUACCUCUAUCAAUGACACUCUUCACAACAAUUCCACCACUAAAACCCCCCUUAACACCAAAACUCUUAACACCAAAACUCCCCUUAACACCACCAAUACUAUUAUUCAUAACACCAAAACCCUUAACAACACCAUGAAUUCAUCCAAUAGAGACAUGUAUUAUGAAGAAAUCAUUCAAGUGACAUUAGAAGCUGAAAGAAUUCUCAAUGCUAGUACUAGUAGUAGUAGUAGUAGUAGUGAUAAGGAUGAUCAUAAUCACUACACUUCGACCAUAACGACUCAUUACACAACUGUGAAUCGAGAAGAAGAAGAAGGUCUCGAUUCUAAAUUAAUCAUUUCCAAAUCCUUUAUUGUGAAAUUAGUGAAUCAUGAAUCCUUUGAGUAUAUUCAAAACAAGUUUAAAAAAAAGAGAGAAGAACAAGAUAUUAUGGCAUUAACUGAAAGUGAAUAUUCUCAAAUGCAACAGGAUGUUCAUUAUUCUUCCAAAGUCAUCAUUCCAACCCUAAUAACCACAAGCACAACUAGUAGUAGUAGUAUGAAAAGAUCCAUAGUACAGAAUUCUAGUGGUGGUAGUUUUGGUGGUGGUGUUAGUAAUGGUUCUGGUGCAUGGAGUGAUGGUCAGAGUGGUGCAUUGAGUAGUAGUAAUGGUAUGACUUUUCCUUCAACAACAACAACAAGUUCAACCACCACUGCAUCGACUACUACCACUACUACUACUACUACUACUCCUUCUCAAACAACAACUUCCUCUUCAACAACAACAACAACAACCAACACUGCUGCUGCUGCUUCAUUGACUACUACUCCUUCUCAAACAACAAGUGGUGGUGCCACUACUCCUACUCAAACUACGACCAAUAUGAACAAGAGGAGUAAGAGUCGUAGUAGUGGUAGUAGUAGUGGUAGUAGUAUGGGUAUUAGUGGUAGUAGUAGUAGUGGUAGUAGUAGUGAGAAGAAAGACAUGUUGCAGAAAAAUCAAUUGGACAAGAAUGAUCCAACAACAACAACAACAUUACCUUCUACCACCACCAUCACCACCACCACCACCACCACUGAAAUUGAUGAUCUUUCUGAUGUGGUAAUGGUGGCGGCUGAUAAAAGUCCUACUAGAAGAAACACUAUCGACCGACAAUCGAGUCAAAGUGGUGGUGGUGGUGAUGAUGAUGUGGAGGAGGGUAAUGAUGGCGAUCAUGAUCGUACUACUACUACUACUACAACUGCUACUACUUCUAUGACUUUAGAAAAGACUCCAAAGACUCUGAAAAACCCCUCAAAUCCUUCUUCAAAAUCUCGGAAUUCCAAACGACCAUCUAGACAUCAUGAUUCAUCAACACGAUCCACAUGGACUCGAAACAAAGUCUCUAAAAAGAAGAAUCCAAUGAUGCCAGCUGAGUUAGUGAAUGAUGAUGAUGGCGAUGGUGAACAAGAACAACCAAUGAAAAAGAAGAAUCGAAAACAAAGUGAAUCGAUUGUUGAAGAGGAAUUAAUGGCCUUAAGAAAUGCUCUAAAAAGAAGAAAACAAAGAAAAUUAUUGAGUAUACCUAAGGAUGAUACUUUAAAAAGAAGAAUUCACAAUACUGUGAGUGAACAUUUUCACUAUACGAAUGAUGGCGAUGGUGAACAAGAACAACCAUCAUCAACAUCAUCAUAUUCAUCACUAACAACACCACCUCCAACUUCAUCCCCAACAUAUUCAUCCCCAACAUAUUCAUCACUAACAACACCACCUCCAACUUCAUCCCCAACUUUAUCCCCAACAUAUUCAUCCAUUCGAAUUCCUAUUGUUCAAUCUCAUCCAGAAGAAAUUGUAAAUUCACUUCGUCAUCAAUUAUUAGAAAAAGAAUUUUCUCAAAAAACGUAUAAAAAUAUGAAAAAGAGUAUUGAAAGACAAAUUCAUCAAGAUCAAAUUCAAUACAAUAGUGAUCACAAUGAUGAAACUUCCUCACAACAACACUCAUCACCCUCUGCUCGUCGAUUAUUAGACAAAUUUGGUGAUUCCUUAAUUCAUGUGAACAAAUUACUAAAUAAGGAAUAUGGAAGAGCUUCAAGAAAAGUACCAGCUCACAUGCCACAUAUGAUUGAUAAGGAUAUUAUGAGUGAAUUACAAAAGAAAUGGGAAUAUGAAUUUAAUGUGACAUCUUCCAAUCGAUUCCGUUCCUCAAAUGAUAUGCAAUAUACAUUUACAUAUUUUUAUUAUUUAAUGCAUGAAGGAAUUCCAUACAAUGCAACAGAAUUCUUCAAAGAGCAUGUGGAUACGAAUCAAGAUGAUAUUAUGGAUGAUUAUGAAAUUAGAAAUUUAGCAAAUAUCAUGUUUAACAAGUACAAAAUAUCACAAGACAAGGUCAAUGAAUUGUCAAGAAAUAUUACAAAAAAGAUGAAUGAUUGGAAACGAGUGAAUGAAAAGAAUGAAUUGGAUCAAACUGUGAGUGAGAAGAAGAGUGGUAAUAGUGGUGAUGGUGGUAAUAGUGGUAAUAGUGGUGAUGGUGGAAAUAGUGGUGAUGGCAGUACAACAAGUGAUGGUGGAAAUAGUGGUGAUGGCAACACCACCACCACCACCGAUUCAACCUUUUCUUCUUACUUUUCCAAUUGGAAACGUGGAACUAGUUCAUUUGGUUCUUGGUCAUCCUAUGAUUCUUAUAGCUCAUUUAAGGAUUAUUUGAAAUCAGUUCGAUCUGUCUUGUUUGGACAUUUAAAUUAUACAAAUUUGGUCAUGUCUAACUAUGAUCCAAAUUACAAGACAAGAACAAGACCAACAUUUGAUGAUUUUGUGAAUAGUGGUUUGAGUGAUAUUGUGAAAACUAAAGUUCACAAAAGUGAACAACGUUUCCCAUACACUCUUGAAGAUUUAUCUGAAGUUGGAUUUCACAUGAUUAGAGAUGAUUAUGAUAAGGUUGGAGAACAAUUAGAUGAAUUAACAAGAAAGAGACCUAAAUUUAUUUGUCUCAAUGAUGAUAUGAAUCAAACAAAACCAAAUAUCGAAGUUGUUGAAUUACUUCAUAAUUUCUAUCGAUGGUAUUUCCCAAAACCAUCUCAAUUUGAAUUACCAGAAGGAGAAGAGAACCCAUUUCUAUACAUUGAUCAAUUGCAACAAUAUCAUGAUAUGCAAAGAUAUUCCAAGUAUGCCUACGAUGGUGUUGUUGUGACUGCCAUUUGUUUCAUUUGUUGUUGUGGUUUGAUUUUGAGAAGAUGUAUUGUUGCUAACAACAAGUCGUCGAAUCGAUCGAGUGGUAGUGGUGUUAUUGGUAGUGGUGUUAUUGAUAGUAACAGUAGUAGUAGCAUUAACAACAGUCGAUCCAUGCAACAUCAGCAUCACACCAGUAAUAGUCCACAACACCAACAUACAGGAGGAUUCUUUACCCAUUCAGCCACCUCCACUGAUCAUCAAUUACCUUCUCAACAAGGUCUUCAUGUUACUGCUCACAAAUCUCAUCACCAAUAUGGUGGUGAUCAUGAAGAAGUGUAA